AUGAUUAUUGGAGGCAAACCCUCGACCCCUGGCCGCUGGCCGUGGCAGGUGUCUCUACAGAUUAUAGCCGCUAUUGAACCUUGGCAUCGAUGUGGGGGCGUUCUGAUACACCCCAGUUGGGUUUUAACAGCAGCCCAUUGUGUAGAAGGUCCUUUUUACGGUGAUUUGAGAAACUGGAGAAUAGUUUUAGCUGAAGAUAAUUUAAAUGAAGGCUCCGGACGAGAAGUUUACAGAAAAAUAUCCAGAAUUGUUGCGCAUCCCGGGUACAUUAGAACGAGUAAUUUCCCUAACGAUGUGGCUCUGUUACAAAUGGACGAGCCAGUGGAUACGAGUACCGGAGAAUCCAGGGUAGCCUGUUUACCCGAUCUACAUGCCGAGAUUCCUCCCAGUGCUAACUGUUGGCUCAGUGGCUGGGGAGAGACCAGAGGAACUGGUGGUCAAGAAAAUUCCAUGAAUGAACUGCAGGUGGAGAUUUUACCGAACUGGUUAUGCUCGUCCAUGUGGAGGCGAGUCGGUAUCCAUGUUUUAGAUGAUCAAGUUUGUGUUGGAUACGGAGACACAGGGGCCUGUUACGGAGAUUCCGGUGGUCCGCUGAUGUGCGAGCUGGAUGGAAGGUAUUACGUCACUGGAGUCAUGUCAUGGCUCAUCAACAACUGCUCAGCACGAGGAUUCCCGAACGUUUUCACGAGAGUCACCAGCUACACUGAUUGGAUCUAUGAGAAGUUAGAGUAUUAUGAUUGGUGGCACUAA